AUGCCGCACUCUACUACAUUCCCUGGUGGCUGCUGCUCUGCCGAAGAGAAGCAGAAACAGCAGGAGCAGGAGCAGGAGCAGGAGCAGCAGCAGCAGCAGCAGCAGCAGCACCAGCAGGACACACAACAACAGCCACACCAGCAAGAGGAGCAACCACAACCAGAGGAGGUGCAACAGCAACCGCAACAGCAACCCCAACCACAACCACAACCACAACCACAACCACAACCACAACCACAACCACAACCACAACCACAACCACAACCACAACCACAACCACAACCUUUAUCACACCCGGGGUCCCCCACACCCUCUUCCUACUCCUCUUCCUCUUCCACCUCCUCACCGUCAACCUCCUCGACAUCCUCACCUGUGCUGCGUCCGUCUUCACCAGCAACAGCAAUAAUAUCUACACUACUUACAAUACCCACAAUACCUAGUGCAAUACCUACGACACCUACAACACCCACAACACCUUCUACCACCACUCCACCCCCAACAGCAGUCCCAAUGACAGCCUUCGCGCCGCUCUCGUCGUCGCACGCUCAUCAAUCCCCCUUCUUCAAGCUCUCCACCUUCCCAUCACCCACCACCACCAAGCGCUCCCUCCCCUCAAAACACAUGCGCUCAAAGUCCACAAACACACCCACCAACCCGCCCGCCCCCCACCCAUUCGGCACCCUCCCCCCCUCCUUCUCCACCUCGCGCCACCACGCUGCGCCCCCCCUCCUCCGCUCCAGCUCCCUCCCGCCCGUCGGCUCCUUCGCAGAGCUCUCCGCCACCUCCCGCUUCACACUCACAAACUGCCCGCCGUCGCCCAUCUCCCCGCGCACCCGCGUCCCGCGCUCAAACUCGCCGACCCGCCAAUGGGCAUACUCGCAGUCGCCGCGCGGCGGCAGCGCCUACCACUCCGGCUCGGGCUUCGCAGCACACUCGCCGCCGCCCCCGCCGCCGCCGCCAUCGUACCUGGUCAAUGAGCCGUACGUGGCGAGCUCGUCGUCGGGGUCGUCGACGCCGACGUCGGUGCGCUCGCGGUCGCCGUCCAUCUCGUCGCUCGAGACAAUACCGGACUCGCCGGACGCGGAGGCCGAGGCGCUGGAGGCGGAGGCGGAGAUGAAAAAGGUGGCGGCGGCGGCGGUCGUGGUGGUUGUGGAGGAGGAGGGCGCGGGCAGGAGGGGCGGCAGGAGGACGGCGGCCGCCGAUAAGAGGAAGAGGUGGAGCGUGUGUGGCGGGGAGAAGAGGGGCGACUUGGAGCUCGAGACGAUAUGGGAGGAUGGUGCGGACGCGCUGGGUAUCAGUGUGGGUGAUGGCAUGGGCAGGGGGGAGAUGAUUUAG